UAUCUAAAGCGUUAAUCAGCUUGACCCUUUAGCACUGACCUUUCUGUUUCACGACCUUCUUUUCAGUCGCACAGCUCUAAUGACCUAUCAUCAAUUUCUUAUUACUGCAGUCAAAAUAAUUAUCAUUUUUAAUUCAAAUUGAAAGCCGUAACCCCUAAAAGUAUAUAUGUGUUCAUUCCUUUUCAUUCCCAUUAGCUAAGCACUCCAUGUUACCCCGGAUCGUUAUCACCGAUAAAGCUGCUACUCGGGAAAGUCGCCCGACACUGAAUGACUAUAUAUGGAAGUAUUGAUUUUGGUCGCCUUUUGUGAUGGCUAUAAAAGCCGUUGGACCUUCUUAGCUGUGGUCAGUUGUGAAUUAGAAUCGUAGGAACUUUCAUCAUGGACUUUUACUACCAUCCUUGCUCGGCUCCUUGCCGCUCCGUCAUAAUGACAGCCAAGGCCCUUGGAGUCGACCUGAAUAUGAAGCUAUUGAAGGUCAUGGACGGGGAGCAACUGAAGCCGGAGUUCGUGAAGCUCAAUCCCCAGCACUGCAUUCCAACCCUGGUGGACAAUGGCUUCUCCAUCUGGGAAUCGCGUGCCAUUUUGAUCUACUUGGUGGAGAAGUACGGCGCAGAUGACUCCCUGUAUCCAAGCGAUCCCGAGAAGAAGGCCGUGGUCAAUCAGAGGCUCUACUUCGACAUGGGCACCCUGUUCCAGAGUUUCAUCGAGGCCAUCUAUCCACAGAUAAGGAGCAAGCAGCCUGCCGAUCCAGAGGCCAUGCAGAAAGUGGACACCGCCUUUGGGCACCUGGACACCUUCCUGGAGGACCAGGAAUAUGUGGCUGGCGACUGCCUCACCGUGGCUGACAUUGCCCUGUUGGCCUCCGUUUCCACCUUCGAGGUGGUGGACUUCGAUAUAGCCCAGUACCCGAACGUGGCCAGGUGGUAUGAGAAUGCCAAGGAGGUCACUCCCGGUUGGGAGGAGAACUGGGACGGUGUCCAGCUAAUCAAAAAAUUUGUCCAGGAAAGGAAUGAGUAAUUUGAUGUCAUUAGUAGUGUCAUUAGUAAAUACCUAACAUACAUACCUAAUACCUCGGCAAAUUAUUGCCAUACAUGGCUAUAUUGAAACCAAUAACAAGUAAUAAAAACUAAAAAAAAAUUGUUUAACAUUGUUAUGAGCA